GUAUUGACCAUACAUGGAGAACGCGUUAAACGCGUUUAAAGUGGAAUAAUUUAUAUAUAUUUUUUAUACAAAGACAUACUCUACUAAAAGAAAAUAAAUUUAAAAUAAAAAAUGAAUAGAAAUUUAAAAAAAUUAAAACACAAUUCAAUACUAAAUAAAGGAAAAUAAGUUACAUACAUGCAUUGAAAAUAAUUGAUUGCUACAGAAAUCAAUAAAAAAAGUUAAUAAAACAUAAAAAAAUAAAAUUAGUGUUUUUUACCCAAGAGUUAACAUUUCAAUCAUUUUGUUGUGCCUUUAAUAAUUCAGAGAGCAAUUAAACUUAUUGCGUAAAAUGUCAAAAGGUUAAAUAUUUUAUCGCCAAAAGGAAGUAAUACAAAAUAAAAUACUACAAUAAUAAUAAAAAACUAAAACAACAUAUCAAUAACAUCAUCAACAUGGAUAUACCGAAUACAGGAGCAAUUUUUACUUUGGGCAAAUCUCAUUUGGCUGAAAAUACACAAAGUUACUUUUAUAUAAAAAACGAUCCAAUUAAACGUCUCAUAGCCGGUCCCUAUCAAAGUGCUGUGAUUUGUGAAUCAGGACGUUUAUUUGUUUGGGGUGAAAAUCACCAUGGGCAGCUGGGUAUUGGGGGACAACAUUCAUCAAAUACUAGUAACAAUAACAACAACAAUAACAACAGUAAUGGAGACAUUAUUAUAAAACCAACAUGCGUGAAAUCAUUGAAAACUUUGGGCCUCAAAAUAGCCGAUAUAUCAUUUGGUAACGAUUGGUCUAUUAUUUUAACAUUAUCAAAUGAACUAUUUUUUACGGGUCGUAAUAUAUUUGCCAGUGGCAGUACAGUGUCAUCGAAUUUUACUGAAGCAACAGUCAACGAGGAGUUAUGUGAAAUUAUACGAAAACCCUUUCGUUUGGAAGAGUUCGAUGACUGUUUGUCGAACAACGAGGAAACCGAAAACUUUAUAAAUGUUUUAGCAGGAAAUGAACAUUUUGUUUUAUUGACAUCUUUUGGUCGUCUAAUUGGUUGGGGUUCGAAUCAAUCACAUCAAUUGGGUCGAACUGAGGAAGAUGUCAUUUUAAAACCCCAUGAAAUUAUUUUGGACUCACCCACACAACAAUUUACGUGUGGUCCAGAGAGCACAUUGGUUUUGACCGAAAAUGGAAAACUUUAUUUAACGGGUCGUUUAAAUGAAUUCGUGUUUCCUGAUUUUACCGAACUUCAAAAGAAUCUUUCCUCUAAUGAGCAAAUAAUAUUUAUGCACAUCUCAAAAGCCAGUGAAAUUUUCAUAGUCACCAACACGGGUAUAAUAUAUCGCAGCUACGAGUCGGUGCGUAAUAAAAGCUUAAUAUUUCAAAGAUUUUACGACUACGAUAGUGAAGAAAAUGGUCCUAUAUGGAAGUUACUAAAGGGUACAUCUUUCUAUGCCGUACUCACUAAGGCCAAUAAAUUUUAUACUACAUUCUCGGAGAGCGGCCAUCAUUUAAAGACAUUUAGAGAAAUAUCGAAAUUUAAAAAUCUCCGCUUAUUAGAUAUGGCGCUAGGAGAUCGUCACAUUUUAGUACAUGGUAUACCAAGAUCAUCUACUUUAGCCGCCACUAUUGGGCCGGGAGGUGAGCAUAGGUAUAUGACACAAAGUAUGAUUAUGGCGAACACAACAGGUGGUAUUUUGAGUAGAAUACGAAAUGGAAAGAAUGGCAAAAGCAUGGAAUUGAAUGAAACAAGAAUUAACAUCGAAGAUGCUAAUAUGAAUGAAAAAGAAGAAAAACCUAAAACUAAUACUCCAGUUCAUGAAAAUGAAGGUGUAACAAAAGAACAAGUACAAGCGGAAACAAAAGAAAAAGUACAAGGCAACAACAAUGAGAUUGAAGAAAUUCCCGUUAAAGAUGCAACAGAUGAGCAAUCUCCAGAUUUAACUAUAAACGAUAACCCAAAGAAUUCUGCAGAAUCUAUAGAAUCAUCUGAAACAGUUUUAACAAAUAAUGAAAGUUCUUCAAUUGACACUGAUAAUACCGUUGUGAAUAAAAAAUCUCCUACACAAUCUCUGAAAUCGCAAACGAGCAGUACAACUUCCCUAAACAAACAUAACGAAACUGCGCCAUCAAGUGUCAAAUCAUUGCGACCCAGAACACCCUACCCUGAAAGCACACCACACGGUUCCCCACAAUCGACUUUAAAAAAAACACCGAUGCGAAAUUUUUCUUAUGAAGCUGCCAUGAAUAAUGAUUUUUUGGAGCACACAUCUCCUGCUUUGGUAGAGAGUUUGGAAAAUAUACCUGAACAUGUGGAUAAGGAAAAUGCUGCUUUGCCAGGUUUAACAGUCUCUAUGCCCACACCACCCACCGAAGAUGAUGAGGAGCUUAGACUGGAAAUCAGUGAAACCACAGAUCCUUUAGAUCAUACAGUCACUGUAAAUGAAAUACGUUUCAUUAACAAUGGCAUAGAUGUAACAGCCAAUGUAAAAAAAUGUAAAUCAGAUGGUUCCGAAGAUUCUCUAGACGAUGAACCAGUCGAUGAAGAAGACGAAGGAAACAAUAAAGAUGACCACAGUGUCAACAAGUCAAUAAUAAGAAAACAAGCUGAAGUCUUAGUAGACGAGUUAGAAAAUGAAAUAGACAAAAAAGUUGAAAACGCCAAGGCAAAUAAAGAGGAAGUGGAAACUUUCGUUGAUGGCAAAACUAAGAGUUUCGGCGACAAAGUCGAAGCUAAGUUUAUGGAAACAAAGGAUUCCAUUGGACAAGCAGCCAAGGAGGCAGGGGAGAAUGUAGAUGCUAAACUCGCUGGAGCUAAGGAAACACUAGAAUCUGCUGCUCUAAGGGCAGCAACAGGAGCCCGAGGAGCUGUACAAAGCGUAAGUGAAAAUACUAAAAAAGCUGUAAAAGGUGCUAAACAAUCUAUGGAAGAUGUCGGUAACUCAAUGGCUAAUGCCAGUAAUGAGGCCCGCCAGGCUGUAGGUCAAAUAGGCAACAAUGUAGUCAAAGCUACUGGAGAAGCGAAAGAUGCGAUGGGCAGUACGUUACGUAAAAUGGCGGGUGACACAAAACAUGCUGUGGGUACAGUGACAUCAAAAAUCUCCACUGAAGUACAAGAUGCAAAAAAUAGUCUCAGCACAAUCUUGCAAGGCAAGAAAAACAAAGUUGAUGUACAAAAACCCAUAGAAGAACAUGAACUGGAAGAUGCGCACCCAAUUGAAGACAUUUCAAAAGAAAGUGGUGGUGGCAAAUCCAACACCACCUCACAAUCUAAUAAUACAACAACAGGCAUUCAAGAAGAUGACGAACGUACCACUGCUUCGGCAAAUUCUAAUCACAACUCAUCGGUGGGCAACCCCUUUGAGAAUUCGAACCCAUUUGAGAGUACAGAUCCAUUUGAUCCUGAAUUAGAUGCAAUGGUGGAAAGAGGCAAACAAGCCCUGCGAGAAGAACUGCAAGCAGCCAGUGUGGCAGCGGCAACACGAACAACACAUGUAGGGGAGGAAGAUGUGGUGGUGGAAGAGAAGAGUAAAUUUUCCAAAUUCUUUGAGGACAUAAGGGAAAAAUCCAAGGGUCUAUCAUGUCGUAAUGAAAAAUCCGUCAAAAUUGUUGAAGAUCAACCCCCACGUUAUAGCGUAGAAGAUGAAUUAGCUUUGCAGCCGGUUAAUGGCCAAGCGAAUGGCUCAAAAGUGUGCACAAUUUUAUAAAUUUAUUAUUGUCCUUUCUUAAAGUUUAAAAAACCACG